AUGGCGACGACCGCUCUAUCCGCCGCGCACCCCCCUAUCGCUGAACGAGCCGACAUCCACAAGUCCUGCAAGUCCCUCGAGUCCCUCCUCAACAUCCUCAACGAAUACUGCGAAGCUGUCAGUGUGGUUGUAUCACUCCAGAAGAAAUUGGCCAAAGUGUUGAAGGAGACUGCGGCGCUUAAAGUUACGGGGGAAGUUGCUGGGAACGCGUUUAGCGCUAGUGCGAAUAUCUUUGAGGCGCUUUCCGAAAUUGAUGCAAAGUACACGAAGGUGGCGGAUAAGGAGUACGAUGGGAUUAGCACUGAGGUCAAGAAAUGGUUCAAGAAGUUGGUGAAAGAGGAGAAAGCGCACGAUGAGCGAUUGGAGAGUGCAAAUGCUAAAAUCAAGCAAGCUGGCCAACUAUACGAGAAGAAAUCCAAGAAGAAAUCGUUCGAUGCUUCAGAAGAACAUGCUCGCUAUAUCAACCUUAUUAGCACCCUCGGUCCGGAAAUUUCUCAAGACAAGUACAACCACGCGAUGAACGUAACCCAGAAGCACUCCACAAUAACCUUUAAUGUCGCAGCAUGCUUAGCCCGAAUCGCAGACGCGGAAUGGCUGAAGGCAUGCGAAGGAGUGCGUCGCUUUGCGCCUACGAUUGGUACACUCGCACAAUGGCGAGUGAUGUGUGAAGGAGGGUGGGCUCAACCGCUUCCUCAAGGUCUUCCGGAGCCAGACCAACAGCAGCAACCUUCGAGUGGCUCCGCCACGCCCAGGGAGACCUCGGACCAUCAGAGCGAGCCUCAACCUCAACUAGCCAAGCAUUCGCCCAAGAGGGUUACGUUGGAUAUCCCAGAGUUGAGAGAAGGUCCCUCGGUCACUCCACCGCGAUACUCGCCCAUCGAACAUGACAGUGGUCAACCUUCCCCGACGGUUCAGAGACAGCCGUUACCUUCUCCCGGUCGUUCCCCUCAACCACCCUCCCCAAAUCCUCAGGCAGGUACUACUGCCCCUCCCGGACCUAAACCUCCACCACCAUCUGCGUUCGAUACGCUCAAGCAACCCUUUUUUGACCCCGUGACUGGGUCAGUUCGUACAUUAUCCGCAUUCCCGGCACCCCCGACACACUUUCCUAUUCCACCACCACGACAACAAAGUCAACAAUCGUCCCUGUCUACUUUGACUACACCGCAACCUUUGUCAGAAUCACCAAUGUCUGCGAGCCAAGUUCUUUGGGCGGGAGAUGAUCGACGCGAAGGAGAUGAACCGACUUCUGGAUUGACCACUCGGAACGCUUCAAUGCAAUCUCAACCUGAUUCUCCUGCCUUGGAAGUACGCCGUCCCCUGCCUGUGCGGGCUGCUACUACCCAACCGGCUCUUCAAGAGGUGAAAGAGGAUCCGGCAGUGCUUUCAGAUCCAGGGUAUUCGCCUGGGAGGAAAGGGUCCAUACCGGGCGAAUGGACAGAAGACGAACCAUCGAACAAGGGUGGUGCGAACGAGUUUACGGAUCGGGAAUUUGGAAUGGACAGGUCGACGGGGCAGAGUGCCAAAACGCGUAGCUAUGAUGCGUUGAGGACGAGAGGAGCGGAGAGGACUGAUACUGGUGCGAGUAGCGGGAGCGUGGUUGCCGCUAUGCGGAAUCGGUAUUCGAGUAACUCCGGAUCGACUUCUCCACCUCCUCGAGCGUUGCCCAAGAUCCCACUCAGUGUGACGGAUUUGGCGUCAAAGUACGAAGGGAACGAUGGACAGAUUUCGGCGAGAGCGAGAGCAAGUUCACCGCCAAUGGCACGACAACAGUCUCUUCCUCUGGAAGUACGUACGAAACAGGAGUCGUCCCACUACGUUCCUAGGAUGUCGCAUCGCCCAGGACAGCAUUCCAUUGCGACGUCAACACCUACACUAGAGGAGGAUAGUCGACGGAGAAUGGGCGACGAGGAUGCGGAACGGCAGCUCCUAGAGAGGCAGCGGGAGUUGGCUGAACGGGAGCGCGCGAUUGAAGCAGAAGCAAGAGAGCUGGAGCGGGAACGUGCUCGCUUAGCCAACCUUCGCGGGAGUGUCGAGUCCGCGAGCCAGUCAGGUGGCAAAAUGAGUACAGUUGCCGAGGAACCGCACCGUGGCGAGCCCAUUCGAGCGCCUAUCAGUCCGCUCCGACCUCGGCGAAUAUCUUUGCGGAAACAACUCCAGCGGCCCCUGUCGCAAAUGGAUCUGGAUGACGAGGAAUCCCCCAGUCCCACUCGUCUGCGAUCCACAGGAAAUCAAGGGCGAUACGGCGACAGUCAGCAUAAUAACACCCCUCCUCCACAGCAAGCUACACAUCAGCAAUCACGGAAUGGUGACGAUCACCGUAACGUUAGAUAUAACGAUGAAAGGCAAUCACCCACGACAAGCUCUUCUCCCCAUGCUCCGUACUGUGGAUGCGAGACCUGUUCUAUCGCCAAAUAUAGGACCCCAUCAACAUCGACAACGGACUCACGGCCCCUGUCCUCGGGAAACCUCCUUCGACCUCCUAUCAACUCUGACAAGCCCAAGGGAGGGUGGAUGAGACGGCUGAGUAUGCCUGGCGGGCUGAGCAACGCGUUCAGCCUUGACUCGAAGCGGAACCAUCAUCAGAACGCCGGUGUUUCGGGAUCAAGUCCCAAUUACGCACUUGGGAGUGGGGUGUCCAGCAAGGGACUCCUAUCGCUGGAUAGCAAGAAGAAUGCCAGUUCCACGAGUCUCAUGCGAUCUCCUGGUGCCGAACGCGUUCAAGAAGACGGGUGGCUUGCUGGCGGUGGUGGCGGUAGGCGAAGCUAUGAGGCGAACCGGAGCAUGACGAAUCUUGCACUCGGAAGCCGACGAUGA